AUGGACAUGACGGACAGCUGCCAGUUCUCGCCUUCUGAGUACUUCUAUGAAGGCUCCUGCAUCCCCUCCCCAGAGGAUGAGUUUGGGGACCAGUUUGAGCCAAGAGUGGCAGCCUUCGGAGCACACAAAGCUGAGCUGCAGGGCUCAGACGACGAGGAGCACGUGCGUGCACCUACUGGCCACCACCAGGCUGGCCACUGCCUCAUGUGGGCUUGCAAAACUUGCAAGAGGAAGUCCACUACCAUGGAUCGGCGUAAGGCCGCCACCAUGCGCGAGCGCAGACGCCUGAAGAAGGUCAACCAAGCUUUCGAGACGCUCAAGAGGUGCACCACAACCAACCCUAACCAGAGACUCCCAAAGGUGGAGAUCCUCAGGAAUGCCAUCCGCUACAUUGAGAGCCUUCAGGAGCUGCUGAGGGAACAGGUUGAGAACUAUUACAGCCUGCCGGGACAGAGCUGCUCUGAGCCAACCAGCCCCACCUCCAACUGCUCUGAUGGCAUGCCUGAAUGUAACAGCCCUGUCUGGUCCCGAAAGAACAGUAGCUUCGACAGCAUCUACUGUCCUGAUGUCUCAAACGCAUGUGCUGCGGAUAAAAGCUCCUUGUCCAGCUUAGAUUGCUUGUCCAGCAUAGUGGAUCGGAUCACAUCGGCAGAGCCAAACGAGCUACCUCUUCAGGACACAGCUUCUCUCUCUCCAGCUGCCAGCAUCCAUUCGCAGCCCGCAACCCCAGGAUCCUCUAGUUCCAGACUUAUCUAUCACGUAUUAUGA